AUGCUUCCCUCACAGCUCAACAGCACACCGAAGCGUGGGAGUGCAUUUAUGACGUCUAGCUCCCCAUCUUCACCCCGUGCAAAUACAAAUACACGACCCAAAUCAGCUAUCGUCUCAUCAACAAGUGGACUAGAGUCGAUGAAGGGACAUCUCCGUAAUUCAUCAGUGUCCCAAAUAUGUCCUCCUCUUUCCCCAGUAUCUACGAUUCGUACAGGAUCUAAUUCGGUCCGAAAUAACCCCGCGUCAGGGACGUUUGCUCCAAAGUUUAUCAAGUCCGAGGAAAUGCGACGUGGGGCAGACCAAAUCCGAGGACAAGAAGGCGACAAUGACUUUUCCGGGAACAAGUAUGUGUGGCUGCGAGAUCCUCAAAAGGCCUUCGUGAGAGGACUGGUUCUGGAAGAAUUGGAAGGAGGACGUUUGCUGGUCCAAAGUGAUGAUGGUGAGCAGCAGCGGGAAGUGGACGUUGAUCAAGUCGACAAGGUCAACCCGGCCAAAUUUGACAAAGCUGACGACAUGGCCGAGCUUACCCACCUCAACGAGGCCUCCGUUGUCCACAACCUACAAACGAGAUAUCAAUCGGACUUGAUCUACGUGGGUCACACGCAUAUUCUAACAAAUAUUCUAAUCUGUACUGACUUCAAUGACUGGCAGACAUAUUCCGGGCUAUUUUUGGUAACAAUCAAUCCUUAUUGCCCGUUGCCUAUCUACACCAAUGAGUAUGUGAAGAUGUACAAAGGCCUUGGAAGGGAGGAGACUCGUCCACAUAUUUUCGCCAUGGCGGACGAGGCAUUCAGGAACUUAGUGGAAGAGGGCUCGAACCAAAGUAUUCUUGUGACCGGCGAAUCCGGAGCAGGCAAAACAGAGAACACGAAGAAGGUCAUUCAAUACCUCGCAGCCGUAGCAACUACCGAGACACCAUAUGGCAGAUCAGGAACGAAGCAGUUUUCAACGCUGUCUCAGCAGAUUCUCCGGGCCAAUCCUAUUCUCGAGGCAUUCGGCAAUGCACAAACAGUGCGUAACAACAAUUCUUCUCGCUUUGGCAAGUUCAUUAGAAUCGAGUUCUCACGAUCGGGUCAAAUUUCCGGAGCCUGGAUUGAUUGGUAUCUGCUUGAGAAGUCUCGAGUGGUGAAGCCGGGUAGCAAUGAGCGGAAUUACCAUGUGUUCUAUCAGCUGUUGCAGGGGGCAGAUCAAAAGAUGCGCGAUGAGCUCUUGCUUGAUAAUCUUUCAAUCGGUGAUUUUGCCUACACAAAAGACGGCAACGACUCUAUCUCAGGUAUCUCUGAUACCGAUGAGUGGAACUCUUUGAUCGAAGCCUUUCACAUCAUGAACUUUUCCGAGCAAGAUCAGAUGUGUAUCUUGCGCACAAUUGCGGCUGUUCUGCACCUUGGAAACAUCCCAAUUGCCAAGGAGAGCCUUCGUGCCGAUCAGGCCGCCCUGGGCCCCGAUGGUUACGCCAGCGUGGAAAAGGCUUGUAAACUUUUAGGUAUUCCCCCGGAGCCAUUUGUGAAAGGCCUGUUGCAUCCUAGAGUCAAGGCUGGCCGCGAGUGGGUGGAGAAAGUGCAGACUCCUGAACAAGUUCGACUGGCAUUGGAUGCCUUGUCUAAGGGAGUCUAUGAGCGCGGAUUCGGGGACUUGGUGACCCGAAUAAACAAUCAACUGGGACGCUCUAUGGCCGAUGACAAUUACUUUAUUGGUGUUCUUGAUAUUGCCGGUUUUGAGAUCUUUGACGAGAAUAGUUUCGAGCAGCUUUGCAUUAACUAUACCAACGAGAAACUGCAGCAAUUUUUCAACCACCACAUGUUCGUUCUCGAACAAGAAGAAUAUGCUCGAGAACAGAUCGAAUGGCAAUUUAUUGAUUUCGGCAAAGAUCUCCAGCCGACCAUCGACUUGAUUGAGUUAAGCAACCCUAUCGGAAUCUUCUCGUGCCUUGACGAAGAUAGUGUGAUGCCCAAGGCGACCGACAAGUCUUUCACUGAAAAGCUGCACUCACUUUGGGACCGGAAAACUCCCAAGUACCGAUCCUCUCGCCUCAACCAGGGCUUCGUUCUCACGCAUUAUGCUGCUGAAGUUGAGUAUACUACUCACGAUUGGCUGGAAAAGAAUAAAGACCCAAUGAACGAUAACAUCACGCGUCUUCUUGCUGCAUCCAAUGAGCCGCAUGUUGCGAACCUGUUUUCCGACUGCGCAGAAUCUGAAGACGGCCAUGAACACCCUCGCAACCGAGUGAAGAAGGGGCUGUUUCGAACGGUGGCCCAGAGACAUAAGGAACAACUUUCCAGCCUGAUGACUCAACUACACUCCACUCAUCCCCAUUUCGUCCGGUGUAUUCUUCCUAACCACAAGAAGCGUCCAAAGAUGCUUGAGGCUCCUUUAGUUUUGGAUCAACUCCGAUGUAAUGGUGUCCUUGAAGGCAUUCGGAUUGCUCGCACUGGAUUCCCCAACCGCUUGCUUUUCUCCGAAUUCCGCCAGCGCUAUGAGGUCCUCUGUCAAAGUAUGCCAAAGGGCUACAUUGAGGGACAGGCUGCGGCUCAGAUCAUGAUGGAGAAACUCAACAUGGACCGGGCUUGGUACCGUGUUGGAAGAACCAAGAUUUUCUUCAGAGCCGGAGUUCUGGCAGAUCUGGAAGAAAAGCGUGAUUUGCUCAUCAGGAGCAUUAUGACUCGUUUCCAGUCUUUGGCUCGAGGCUUCACUCAGCGACACAUUUCCAACAAGCGGCUGUAUCGGGCCGAGGCCACAAAAAUCAUUCAACAAAACUUCCAUUCCUACUUGGAGCUCAAGGGGAAUCCUUGGUGGCGCCUAUUCGCUGGCAUGAAGCCUCUUCUGGGUGACACUCGCACUGCCAAGGAAGUGAAGAAGAGAGACGACAAGAUCAAAGAACUUGAGACAAAGAUGAAAAAUGACCUCUCCGAUCGGCAAAAGCUGGAUGAAGAAAGGCGACGCACUGAGCUUGAGAUCCAUAAAAUCCAGCAAACUUUGGAAAGCGAACGAGCUCUCGCGCUUGACAAAGAAGCCAUAUUCAAGCGCCUGCAAGACCGAGAAUCAGAGCUUUCUGAGAAGCUUUCCGGAGCUAUCACAGAUCAGGAGAAGCUUGAAGAGCAACUAGACGAACUGAUAGAUGCCAAGAAAAAGACCGAGGAGGAACUUAACCUCCGGAUUAGCCAACUAGAGCAGGCUGGUCACAUCAUUGAACAAUUAGAGUCAGAAAAGAAUGAGCUGCAUUCCAGGCUGAAAGACCUCGAACGGAAACUUUCUGAAGCUGAAUCUCACUUCUCCGGUAAGGAAGAUCAGAUUCAAGAGUUAACGCAGGGCGUCAAAAUGCUCGAAAGUCAUGUCAGUCUGAAAGAUCGCAAACUUCAGGAGCUAGAGGCGAAGCUGUUGAAGACGGACCAAGAUCUUGACGUCAAGCUUUCCAACACUUCAAAGGAACUGGAAAAGUCAAAGAAACAGGUUCGCGAGCUUGUGGAUGAGAACCGGUCCAUUCGCCAGCAGAUUUCGGAGUUAUCUGCCACUUCCACUAGCUAUGAAGAUCUCCUUCGACGUAAAGAGAGCGAGAUAGCUGUCUUGCGGAACGAUGCGAAGAAAUUCGAUGAACACAAGACAUCCAUCGAAGCUGAGAAAAAGACCAUCUCAGUGCGCCAUGACAAUAUGCAGAAUCGUCUUCGGGAGAUUCAAGCUGAGAGGGAUGCUAUGCGAGCAGAGAAGACCCAGCUCGAACGCGAAGCAACCGAUAUCAAGCGAUUGCUUGAAGAGAAGCGGUCCGAGGAUGCCGAGGCAGGAGAAAGCAGAAAGCUGCUGGAACACCAGGUUCGUGAUUUGAAAGAUCAGCUUUUCAAGGCUGAGGCAGACCUGAGUCGCGAGCGCCAGUCAAGAGAUGAUGUUCAAAUGCUAGCCGAACACAACCUCGCCGACUUGACAAAUAAAUACGAUGCCCUCAAUGAAUCCAAGAUUACAAUUGAGAAGGAAAUGUACAUCCAGCAGGAUAGCCUCCGCCGGGCUACAGAGGCCCGAGUUGCCGCGGAGACUUCACGGAAAGAUUUACAAUCAGAGUUGAUCAAGCUUCGUGACAGGUUCACUGAUGCUGAGAAUGCCCGCCUGAAUGGCGAGGCUGAACUUGAACGCAGCAUCAAGAAACAAGCUGAUGAGCGCAUAACGAGCCUUCGUAAAGACCUUGAUGCGAAAGCAGAUCAACUCGAAGCUGUGGAGUCAGAGCGAUCCCAGCUUGCAGUGAAAAUUCAAGAACUCAAUCACGCAAUCUCAGAAUCUGAUAAUUUCCGUAUUCGCCAUGAUCAGCACAAGCAACGCCUGGAAAGAGAGCUUGUUACCCUCAAGGGCCGCUUGACAGCUUCCGAGAAUGACAAUAGAUCUCUCCUAACUAAAAUUCAACAAAAGAACCUUGAUAUUGCUCGAUCCACAUCCAAAGCCAGCGACAGCAGCCGACUUCGAUUGCAGAACGCUCAGAAGGAGAAAAGCAAAAUUGAAGAGGAGAACAAGAAGCUUAGCCGCCAGCUUGGCGAUUCGCAACUUGCUAUAACAUCUCUUGAGAAACAGAAGGAGAAGCUCUCACUGAGCUUGGAAGAUCUCAACCAUGAAGUCAGUCGUGAACACAAGACGAGUCGCAACGCUGAAAAGGCUGCUUCCACUGCCAACCUUCAGCUCGCAGAACUCAACCGUACUCUGGAAAAUGAACGUCAGAUGCGCAGCCAGGCCCAAACAAAUACUCGACAAACUCAGAGCGCUAUUGACAGUGCAAACCGCGAAAUUGAAGACCUCCAUCGCCAAUUAAUUCUAUUGCACCGAGUCUUUGAACCAGAAGCAUCAGAGCCUGCUAAGUCAUGGGAGGCGGUUCAACCGCACUUGUCGAAGCAGGUUGACUUGGCGCAGGUUCUGGAUACUGUCCAGCACAAACUUCAGGUUACAGAGGAAAAAUACGCAAGGGCUGAGGGUCAGCUCGCUGAGAUGCGUCGUCGCCAUGCGGAUGAAAUGAUGGAGCUAGAUUCGAAAUUCUCUUCCUCUAAGCGCGCUCUUCUGGAGGAAAUUGACCAGAAUGAGGUGUCCAACAAUCGCACACCCGGACACUUUAGAAAGAACUCCGAAAAUGCCAUGAAGAUGUACUCGAACCCUACUACUCCUAGCCGACGACACAACAUUUAUGAAGCGCCAGGAGACUCAGCCCGCUCUGAUAGAACUGUCGAUACAGUGGGAUACCAGAAGCGCAUGGACGCAGCUGCUGAGCUUGAAGAGCUCCAGAACAAGCUUCAGAUGACCGAGAUGCAGAACAAGCAUCUACAGAGCCAACUCCAGGCAUUUAAUCCUAACCAAGAUAUUUGGCAGGAUGACAACCCUUCUGUCCGUCGCAUGAAUCUUCUCGAGCGUGAAAAUGGUCGUCUUCACGACCAGCUGGACGACUCGGCUAAGAUGGUUUCGGCCCUCGAACGCAGCAUCCGUACAGGAGACCUCUCACUUCGCGAUGUCCAGGCUAAGUCACACGAGGAAUUGUACGAUCUUAUCAAUUCACAGGAGCAAUCCCGUCGCUCUCUGCUCAAGUUGCACAAUGAUACGAUGGCCGACUUCGGUGAGGCGAAGACACACUUUGAGAAGCUGAAGCGUAGCAGGGCAGUUCUAGAAGUCGAGCUUCGGGAUGCCCUAUCUGAGACCCAAGAGCUACAAGCUGCUAGGGAUCAAGACUUCGUGAGCCGAAACCAGCUCCUCCAAGAAUUCUCUGACUUGCAAAUACGCCUUGACUCUGAGACAUCCCGAACUGCUGAUCUUGAGUCAAGCCUCAGCUUGUACAGAAGUCGCGCGAACGAGUACUUCAGCAAACUCGAACAGGCCGAGAUCACCGUUCUCAAGGCUUCUCGUGCGGAACAGUUUGCCAAAUCUCGAAGCCAAGAGGCCGAGGAGACUUGCAGUCAGAUUAUGUCCGAGCGAAAGGAGUUGGAUGCGCUUGUUGAGGAUCUGCAACGGCAGACACAGUCUUUGGAAGCUCGCAUGGAGGAUCAAGGUGCAGAGCUUCAAGGUGCUUUGCAGGCCAAGCAGCGCCUUCAGAACGAACUUGAAGACUAUCGCAACCAGCGGGCCAUUGAUCUUGAAGACAAGGAGACUUCUAUGGAGCAGACCAGACAAAAGUACCAGCGUGAGUUCUCAACCAUCAAUGGAGAGCUUGAGAUGGAGCGAGAGCGUUUGCUUAAUGUUCGCGGAGAGAACUCUCGUUUGCGCCAAGAGCUCGAAGAUCUGCGAAGUAAAUGGGACAAUGAAGUACUCAACAGCUCAACCUGGGCGAAGGAGAAGUCCCGCAUGGAUAUGGUUCUGCAAGAUGUCACCAACUCCCGCGAUGAAGCCACCCAGGCUCACAAUGAGGCACAGAGCAAGGUUGUCUCUCUCCUCUCUCAGGUGCGUAAUCUCCGCACUUCAGUCGAUGAUGUCGUCGCGGAGAGGGAUCUACUUCUGAAGGAUAAGAAGAUGCUGGAAGGUCGACUGGCCGAAGCUGGCGAGCGGCUGGAGGAUCUUGCCAAGGGCGAGAGCCCCUCCAUGCGCAACGCUGCUAGCAUGGACCGUGAGCUUCUCGAACUCAAAUCCAAACUUGCGCAGCAAGAAGAUGUUUCCGCCGCUGCCGUUGGCAAAAUGCGUCGUGCCGAUGCUCUUACUACUGAGAUGCAGAAGGAGCUUACUGCUGAGCGUGAAACCAACGCUCAGCUUUUCAAGGACAAAGCCGGGCUGGAAAAACAACUAAAGGAAGUACAGCUCCGAUGUGUUGACCUGGAGACUAAGAGCUACUCGUCUGGUAGCCAAGACAUCCGGUUCUUACACAAGCGUAUCAAAGAGCUUGAAAACCAUCUCGAAGACCAGGAGAGCAAGCACAGCACUGAGCAGCGCUCUCUUCGUAACGUCGAUCGCACCGUCAAAGACCUUCAGUCUCAAAUUGAUCGUCGUGAUAAAAUCAAUACCCAGCUUACCGAUGAGGUCAACAAAGCACGGGAUAGAAUUGAUCGGCUCCUCCAAAACAUUGAUGAGCUUCAGCAAGGCGAUACUGAGACUCGCCUGCAGGCUCGCCGUUUUGAGCGAGAACUUCGUGAGGAGCGAGAGAAGGCCUUGCGGUUGGAGCGCGAACUCGAAGGGCUAAAACCACUGCGCGUCGAACGAGGCAGUAUCAUGGGUCGAUCACCCAUGACUGCACUCAGCGAUGCGGGUAGUCGACGAGGAAGCGUCGCGUAUGGAUCAAAUGAUAGUCCUCAACGCAAGCCCAGCAACACGAAGGGAUUCUUGUGA